GCCCAGCCCGAGAGGGGGUGAGAUGACACUGUCCCAGCUGCCACCUAGACUCGAAUCUCACCUCAAACCUCCAGCGAAGACAUCCAGGUCUGCUGAAUCUUUAACCCCAGGAUUGAGGGCGGUAAAGGCCAUGGCCAUGCAGAAAAUAUUUGCUCGGGAAAUUCUGGACUCCAGGGGCAACCCCACAGUAGAAGUGGACCUGCACACAGCCAAGGGCCGAUUCAGAGCAGCUGUGCCCAGCGGAGCUUCCACGGGGAUCUAUGAAGCUCUGGAACUAAGAGAUGGAGACAAAGCACGCUACCUGGGGAAAGGAGUCCUGAAGGCUGUGGAGCACAUCAACAAGACUCUAGGUCCUGCUCUGCUGGAAAAGAAACUGAGUGUUGUGGAUCAAGAAAAAGUUGACAAAUUUAUGAUUGAGCUGGAUGGUACCGAGAAUAAGUCCAAGUUUGGGGCCAAUGCCAUCCUGGGCGUGUCCCUGGCCGUGUGCAAGGCAGGAGCAGCAGAGAAGGGGGUUCCCCUCUACCGCCACAUUGCAGACCUCGCUGGGAAUCCAGACCUCGUUCUCCCAGUGCCUGCCUUCAAUGUGAUCAAUGGAGGCUCCCAUGCUGGAAACAAGCUGGCCAUGCAAGAGUUCAUGAUUCUGCCUGUAGGAGCUAGCUCUUUCAAGGAAGCCAUGCGCAUUGGUGCUGAGGUCUACCACCACCUCAAGGGGGUCAUCAAGGCCAAGUAUGGGAAGGAUGCCACUAAUGUGGGUGACGAGGGUGGCUUUGCACCCAAUAUCUUGGAGAACAAUGAAGCCCUAGAGCUGCUGAAGACAGCCAUCCAGGCAGCUGGAUACCCAGACAAGGUAGUGAUUGGCAUGGAUGUGGCAGCUUCAGAGUUCUUUCGCAAUGGGAAGUAUGAUCUUGACUUUAAGUCGCCAGAUGACCCUGCCCGGCACAUUACGGGGGAGAAGCUGGGGGAACUGUACAAGAGCUUCAUCAAGAACUAUCCUGUGGUCUCCAUUGAGGAUCCCUUUGACCAGGAUGACUGGGCCACCUGGACCUCAUUCCUCCAGGGGGUUGACAUCCAGAUUGUGGGAGAUGACCUCACAGUCACCAACCCCAAGAGGAUUGCUCAGGCUGUUGAGAAGAAGGCUUGCAAUUGCCUGCUCCUGAAGGUCAACCAGAUUGGCUCAGUGACUGAGUCUAUUCAGGCCUGCAAACUGGCUCAGUCUAAUGGCUGGGGGGUGAUGGUGAGCCACCGAUCCGGGGAGACUGAGGACACGUUCAUUGCUGACCUUGUGGUGGGACUUUGCACAGGACAGAUCAAGACUGGUGCUCCCUGCCGCUCAGAACGUCUGGCCAAAUAUAACCAGCUCAUGAGGAUCGAGGAAGCUCUUGGGGACAAAGCUGUCUUUGCUGGACGCAAGUUCCGUAAUCCAAAGGCCAAGUGAAAAGCUGGAGACCUAAGACCCCACCACGACUGGACAAGAAGAUAGGCCUUCUUGUGCCUUUCCCCAGAAAUAAACACUGGUGCCAACCAAG